AACACAGAUCGUAGCGUCAUUUACAGAUCGUAGCGUCAUUUGUGUUGCACUGUCUGGAAAGGUCUAUUGGGCGAGAAGUUCGGAAAUGGUAAUAACAGAUUUGCAUGAUUUGCUGGAUGAAAAAAUAUCGGGCGAAGAAACUUUGGAAAUUGUUGCAUCGGAUUGCGCGAGACGGCGUGAAAGCAAUGACAUCGCUUUUCUGGUGACCUGCUGGAUAUUGUUCGAUGAACACUGGGAGCCGAAGCGCCAUUUCGCUGCGUUGUUUAAGGCUACCUCCGAACCUGGAUUUGUCCUGAGCUAUAAACUAGAGCUGGACAGUGUGCCUUCAUAUACUCGAGUAACGGGCGAAACAGCAGUUGCAGACAAUCGGCAUUGCUGGCUUAUUUUCACCACAUCAAGAGCUGCUCAGCUUCUCGCUAUUCAUCCCACAUCACUUGAGGUUGAAGAUAUUGAAUCAGUUGGCGACAUUUUUCCUGGGCUCGAUCUGGGAGACUUGCCUGGUUCUGCUGUCAGAUCGCAUUGUCUUAAGACAUCGAUUUAUCGAUGGUCUGUACUUGGUUUUGAUACAGGAUACGUAAUUGCGACAACGUUAUCGUUGAAAACAAACUUUAUCGAAGACAGGAGCAAAUUGAAAUUCUCGGGCGCUGUGUCGGUUUUGCAAAUUCUGCAACAUGUUGGUCGUGAAGACAAGAUCUCUGUUUUGAUAUCGUCAACACUCGGUCCAGCUGCCGUAUGGACACUGUCAUUAUCUGCUGAUAAAAGCCACUUUGAGUGGACGAGAAGACGCAUUUUGGAAAACACCAGAGGUCGUGAUGCUGUCGUUUGCUGCGCUGCUGGCCAGCAUCUCAUUGCUAUUGGCACUUAUUCAGGGGGCGUUUUGGUUUACAGAAGAAGGGACCUGAUUUCUGAGGGCAAUCGUCCACCGCUGUGUUCAACAUUCGAACUAUCAAUUCCAGUUAUAUCACUGCUAUUCCUUAGAGAUAACCUGUUAGCUGUUUUGACAACUGAUGGCUUGUAUACCGUCUUUGGUCGGUCACUGGCAAAAUACAUUGCUUCUGUUCAGCUUUGAUG